AUGUCUACAACGCCAACAUCACCUCGUCGUCUGCCAUCCGUUCCUCGACUACCUCCUUCGCCAUUGAGAGUGACAGCACCAUUACCAUCACUACAAACCCAUCAGCCUUCGACGAUUCCUUCAACAACGAGCAGCAAUGUUUCUUCACGUCGACCAACACCUUCUACACCUCCAACAAAGACUAGAGCUCGAGAUCUGUUGAGGAAGCAUUACGGUUUGGGCGUCGGGCCUCCUCCUCCAUUGGCUGGAAAGUCUAACGAUCCGAUGAAUCUCGACUCGCCGGCAUUCGAUGCGAAAGCUUACUAUGAACAGCUUAUCACGACUUCUUCUCUUCCACUCCUCCUCAAGAGAGAUAACGAGAUCACGACGGAGAUUCGGGAGCUUGAAAGUGAACGACAAUCCCUCGUAUACAAUCAUCAUCACGAGUUAAUCGCUGCUAGUGACACAAUCGCAGCUAUGAAAACUCGUGCAGAAAGCCUUGAUACCGAUCUCGACCUUCUCAAAGCUGCCUUCUCAGAGAUAUCUCGUCUAUGUACAGAAGUUGUCCUGGAGGAAGGCAGGGUUACCACGUAACCAGUGCCUAUGCACCGUGGACGUUCAUUUUUGGUGUAUAGUAUGUAGUCGGGCUAGCUUAGAUGUAUAUAAUAGAGUUUUGUUACAAUAAAUACCCCACUAGACAUGUCAAGUAGUCCACAAGCUAUUAAACGUAUGGGAACAUAAGGAGACCAUUCCGAUGC